AUGCCAAAGCACGCAAGUGAAAAAUCGGGGCGUGGAAAGCUUAUAUCAGCGACGCGUGGUCGCUGCGUCGAUGAUGCUUUAGUCCUUGACUCGGACUACUUUUGAAAUCAUGAUCGCGGCCCAAUUGACCCAGAUUGAGUUGCUCUGAGCAACUGUCCAACACCAACCAGCAUGAGCUAGCACGAUAACCGCUAGUGGAUGCGUUCGACAUGCCGUGGGGCGGUUCUCGUGAGUCGUGGCCAACACAAGUACUAAGUACUUAACAUUUUAAUGAUCCCCUCGGACUUACGCGUGCGUUUUUCAUGGAUCCCUACCUGGAACAAUCAUGCCGGCGGGUCACGGUUUUACCAGAUGACACAAAAGACAACAUUCCUUCCGUCCGAUCAGCCAAACAUCACAGCUUGCGAACCCUUUGUCCAAUUCGAGCUCGACCACCGACCUCCAGCAUGUCAUUGCACGCAUGUGGUUCCGUUUUUCUACGAAUGUACUUCCACAGUGCUGCGCACGAAAUGGUACUAUUCAUUUACGAGUGGACUCCACUUCGAUCACAUCCGUGCGGGGAUCCUCGUCAUCCGUGAAGUUGUUCCGCGAUCACACCAGUGUGGGGAUCUUCGUCAUCUGUCAAAGUGUUCCGCCCACUUUUUGCAGUAUUGUUUCCGAAAAAAAUUAUAUUUGGUGAUAGUACAGUGGGCACCCCUGGCCGGCAGCCCACAAUGCCCGGUCGGUUCUUUGUUGUUCCUUGAUGAACAUUUCAUAAUGUUCUUUCAGAGAUGCCUCCCACUGGUACUAGGCCUACAGGUAACUCUAACAUCCAAAGUUCUGUCGUGCAAAUUGUUCGGAACUCUGAGCACACAUCCUUUUCAGUCAAGGUUCUCCGUCCUAUGAGACGUUUCCGCAACCUCCCCCAUUCUGGUAUAUCAGAUUGUUAUUCUCAGUGCAACUAGUGUUCUCACGUCAUUUCCUCAUUCAUUCCGAUUCCUGCAUCUCGGUGGUCUAUUUUUCUUUCUAGACAUAUUUACACACUCCACUCUGGAGUCCGAGGCUCGAUUGAAGUCUGGGUCUUAGUAUAUCUGCCUCUGGCUGCAGUACUUGGUUGCCGUGUCUCACGCGUGUCGGGACGGAUGUCAGCCCAUACUAGAUGUUCACCAGAGUUCGUGUUUUUUUGCAACAACAAUAACUUUUUUUACCGUUGAAUAGCCUGAUGUCGAAAACACAAUGACUGCU